UCAUGCAAAUACCUGCAUGACGUCAUCGCUAGAAUUUUUCUUGGACAACGUUCAGUAACCAAAACAAUAAACACGAUCACAAUGAACACAGAAAAUCGUGUGACCCAAGAUUCUAAAAACAUAGCUGUUGAAAAUAGCGAAGCAAAGCAAAUAAUUAUGCUUUCCAGAAAUGCGGCGAUCUGUUUAGUGUGGUUGUGUGUUUUGAUCAAAUGUUUUUUUGCGUUUUGUGAUCCCAAUGGCACCACAAACAAUCUCCUUGGAACUUUGCGGCCAUCUUUGUACACAACACACGGAUUAGAGUCACAGUUCAGUCGGAGCCUGGUUGUAUGCAUGAGACACGGCGCUGCCUGUCUGACGGUGUUGAGUUACCUGGUUUCCUUCUGGCCUCAACUCAUACAGCUAGAAACACUGCCACAGCCAGAGACGCCCGAGGAGCCGCCUGUGAUUGUUAAGAAGAGUAGAGCAAUCCAGACGAAUGGUCCCUACCUGAAACGCUAUCGUCACGGCAUACGUCAGCUCAUGCACGUGCAAGAAGUUCAACACAAACAAAUGAAAAGUGUGGCAAUGCGUAGACGCAAAAUAUGGAACCGGUUUUCCGCUAUGGAGAAGACUUCCUACAAAGACAUCAUUGCCAAGGAGAAACUGUCUGGUUACCUGCAGACCCAGAUCCUGCCCCUGGAGCAGUCGGCGCUGCAGGCCCAGCAGCUGGUCAAGGUGUUGCGUGAGAAGCUGGACCAACAGCGCGAGGAGAACAAGAACAUCCAGGAGGCGCUCGACAAGUACGUCAACAAGAACCAGCUGAGGCAGACGUCGACGCCAUCUUGUCAAUAAAUAAACAUUCAUUUCGUA